ACGACAGGGCCCUCUCCCCCUCGGCCGAGACCGCGACACGCCACCCCGCGCUCGCUCGUGCGCCCUGCCGCCGCGCAGCCAUCCGCCGCCGGCUUGGCUUCGCCUCCGCCGACCUUCGGCGACUCCUCGCGUCGCCCGCGGCCUGCAGCCCCUGCCAGGCGGGCUCCGCAGCCCCUCGGCGCGCACGACAGCGGCGGCUGGCGACGAGCGCCGGGUUCUCGGCGGCCCAGGCGCGCCGCGUCCCGGCCCCGGCUCCCGGAGAAGGCGCGGGUCCCGUAUGAGCCCCGGCGGUGGCGGCAGCGACCGGGAAAGGGGCGGUGGCGGGCGGAGGCGGCGGGCGAGGGCGACUACGACCCGAGAGGCCGCAUCCCAGGCGCGGGGGCGACGACAGGAUACUGGGUGGAUUUAAAGGAACGAAUUAAAAGACAUUAAUUCCUGUUCCACUGAGGAAUGCCGAUUGUUUACAAAUGACUUAAGAAUUUACAGAGAUUAUUUUGGUUCUUGCUUUUAAGCUUCUGAAUAAAUUUUUUUUUGAGAGGUUAAAAAUCUGUAAGAGGCUGAUUUUAGAAUUCACCAGCUCCUCAGAAGUUUGGCGAAAUAUGAGAUAUUAAGCCUACCAUCAGAUCAAGUUAGCAGCUAGACUCGUGUGACAACCUGUUUUUAAUCAGUGACUCAAAGCUGUGAUCACCCUGAUGUCACCGAAUGGCCACAGCUAGUAAAAGAUCACCAGGAGAAUCCCAGUCUGACGACAUUGAAGCUAGCCGAAUGAAGCGAGCAGCUGCAAAGCAUCUAAUAGAACGCUACUACCACCAGUUAACUGAAGGCUGUGGAAAUGAGGCCUGCACGAAUGAGUUUUGUGCUUCCUGUCCAACUUUUCUUCGUAUGGAUAACAAUGCAGCAGCUAUUAAAGCCCUUGAGCUUUAUAAGAUUAAUGCAAAACUCUGUGAUCCUCAUCCCUCCAAGAAAGGAGCCAGCUCAGCUUACCUUGAGAACUCGAAAGGUGCCCCUAACAACUCGGAGAUAAAAAUGAACAAGAAGGAUGGAAAAGGAGCUAGAAUUGAUUUCAAAGAUGUGACUUAUCUUACUGAAGAGCUGGUGUAUGAAAUUCUUGAAAUAUGUAGAGAGAGAGAGGAUUACUCCCCUUUAAUCCGUGUUAUUGGAAGAGUGUUUUCUAGUGCUGAGGCACUGGUACAAAGCUUUCGGAAGGUCAAACAACACACCAAGGAAGAACUGAAAUCUCUUCAAGGAAAGGAUGAAGACAAGGAUGAAGAUGAAAAGGAAAAAGCUGCGUGUUCCACUGCUGCUAUGGAAGACGAUUCAGAAGCGUCUUCCUCCAGGAUAGGUGACAGCUCACAGGGAGACAACAGUUUACAGAAACUAGGUCCUGAUGAUGUGUCUGUAGAUAUUGAUGCUAUUAGAAGGGUCUACACCAGAUUACUCGCUAAUGAAAAAAUAGAAACUGCCUUUCUUAAUGCACUUGUAUAUUUGUCACCUAAUGUAGAAUGUGAUUUGACAUAUCAUAACGUAUACUCCCGUGACCCUAAUUAUCUGAAUUUGUUCAUUAUUGUAAUGGAGAAUAGGAAUCUCCACAGUCCUGAAUAUCUGGAAAUGGCAUUGCCAUUGUUUUGCAAAGCAAUGAGCAAGUUACCUCUUGCAGCCCAAGGAAAACUGAUUAGACUGUGGUCUAAGUACAGUGCAGACCAGAUUCGGAGAAUGAUGGAAACAUUUCAGCAACUUAUUACGUACAAAGUCAUAAGCAAUGAAUUUAACAAUCGGAAUCUGGUGAAUGAUGAUGAUGCCAUUGUUGCUGCUUCGAAAUGCUUAAAAAUGGUUUACUAUGCAAAUGUAGUGGGAGGGGAAGUAGACACAGAUCACAACGAAGAAGAUGACGAGGAGCCCAUCCCAGAGUCCAGCGAAUUGACACUUCAAGAGCUUUUGGGAGAGGAAAGAAGAAAUAAGAAAGGUCCUCGAGUGGACCCCCUGGAAACUGAGCUUGGUGUUAAAACUCUGGACUGUCGAAAACCACUUAUCUCUUUUGAGGAGUUCAUUAAUGAACCACUGAAUGAAGUUCUAGAAAUGGAUAAAGAUUAUACUUUUUUCAAAGUAGAAACAGAGAACAAAUUUUCUUUUAUGACAUGUCCUUUCAUACUGAAUGCUGUCACAAAAAAUUUGGGAUUAUAUUAUGACAAUAGAAUUCGCAUGUACAGUGAACGAAGAAUCACUGUUCUCUACAGUCUAGUUCAAGGACAGCAGUUGAAUCCAUAUUUGAGACUCAAAGUCAGACGUGACCAUAUUAUAGAUGAUGCACUUGUCCGGCUGGAGAUGAUUGCUAUGGAAAACCCUGCAGACUUGAAGAAACAGUUGUAUGUGGAAUUCGAAGGAGAACAAGGAGUUGAUGAGGGCGGUGUUUCCAAAGAAUUUUUUCAGUUGGUUGUGGAAGAAAUCUUCAACCCAGAUAUUGGUAUGUUCACGUAUGAUGAAUCCACGAAGUUAUUCUGGUUUAACCCAUCUUCGUUUGAAACUGAAGGUCAGUUUACUCUAAUUGGCAUAGUGCUGGGACUGGCUAUUUACAACAACUGUAUCCUGGAUGUUCACUUCCCCAUGGUUGUGUACAGGAAGCUGAUGGGGAAAAAAGGAACCUUCCGUGACUUGGGAGACUCCCAUCCAGUUUUACAUCAAAGUUUAAAAGACUUACUGGAAUACGAAGGGAACGUGGAAGAUGAUAUGAUGAUCACUUUUCAGAUAUCACAGACAGAUCUUUUUGGUAACCCAAUGAUGUAUGAUCUAAAGGAAAAUGGUGAUAAAAUUCCAAUUACAAAUGAAAACAGGAAGGAAUUUGUCAAUCUCUAUUCUGACUACAUUCUCAAUAAAUCAGUAGAAAAACAGUUCAAAGCUUUUCGCAGAGGUUUUCAUAUGGUGACCAAUGAAUCUCCCUUAAAGUACUUAUUCAGACCUGAAGAAAUCGAAUUGCUUAUAUGUGGAAGCCGGAAUCUAGAUUUCCAGGCACUAGAAGAAACUACAGAAUAUGACGGUGGCUAUACCAGGGACUCUGUUGUGAUUAGGGAGUUCUGGGAAAUUGUUCAUUCAUUUACUGAUGAUCAGAAAAGACUCUUCUUGCAGUUUACAACAGGCACAGACAGAGCACCUGUGGGAGGACUAGGAAAAUUGAAGAUGAUUAUAGCCAAAAAUGGCCCAGACACUGAAAGGUGCUGAGGAAGGGUAACAAUCAGAGAAGGUACAGCCCCUUCAAGCCCUUCAGGUAAACCAGAUUUCUCUUGUUCAUGUAGCUCAGCCACAGUUCAGUAUUAAUUUACCAAAGAUCAUCUUUUAUUUUCUCAAUUAUUAAAAAUGUCCUCCCAAACUAUGGGGAUGGGAAUGUGAAAACAGUAAGCACACACUUAUGUCACCCCAUAAACAGUAGUCUCUGCCCUGUAGUAAGUGUAGGGAGAGAGGCAUGGACUGAAUGAGUUGGGCCCAGGAAAGGGGCACCGUGUGGCAGUCGGCAGAACUCUGGAAGGCUCCCUACGAAGGCAAUUCCUUGUGCCUCUCCAGAGUGGCUUUUAAGUCAUCGUUGAUUCAACUUUGGAGACCAUGUGCCUGCCGCAGUCUGAAAGACAACUGUGUCUAAAGUUCAAGUAACAUCUCUCCACUUGUGCUGGUGGGACCCUGUGACGCACUUAGUUCCCUAAACGCAGCUCUAAUGUCAAGGUGUUUUGACCAAACUAGACGUUUGGUCACAUACCACUUUCAGUGAACCACAGGUUUUUGUUUACCAGGGAAAGGGGGAGCUGUUCCCCCACAACUUUUAUAAUUACAGAGAACCAGUGUCAUAGUGAGUUAAGCCGCAUGCAUAAGUACCUUCCAUAACAAGCACAGGUAAGAUUGUUUAAAUGAAGAGACACCCUAAGGAGACCCAAUGAGUCUGAUGGUCUUAUUUCACCUGUUGUUGUCACAUCAGUCUCUUUUCAGUACUGAGUUCUGCUCUUCCUAGUUACAAUUCUUGGCUGUUACAACUUCCUAGUGCUACAACUUAAAAGUUUAAAAAAAUCAUUUUCACCCAUUAAAGGACUCAGCAAACUUGUUUGUUUUUGAAGAGAGUCAUUGUUACACUAUGAGACUAAAGAGUGGACGUAAAGCAAGUGUUAGAACUAGAACUCAUUUCUGAAGGCCCAGAUGAUGCUAGGUGUUCCAUUUUGUUUAAUCUCCCGUCUCUGAAUGGGAGAUACUAUUAUAAAAAUUGCAGUAAUUGUAUGAGAUUAUAAAGUAUCCCCAAAGGAACCACAAAGAAUGUAUCUACAGGACGUCAAAGGAAAGAAAAAAAGUACCAAAAGAAGAAAAUCUGCCAAACACAGAGGCUGUGUUGGAUGAUAUGAAAGGCAAAAAUUAGGACUUAUACAGAAAACAAUGUGAAAACAAGUACUUCAAAUGUAAAGGGAUUAAAUGUUCCUUUCAAAAGGUGUAAAUGGAAUAUUACUUGUUAAUGACCUGAUAUGUUAUCUACAAGAGAUGAAUUGCAGAUCUAAAGACAAAAAGGGUGCAAGGAUAUCUUACAUGCAAGUGUAAUCAACAGAGAGCUUGUUCAGGUGUGUCUAUGUCCUGCAUUAAGACCAGAAAAAAAAACUAUGUAAAAAAAUGAUAAAAAUGGUCAGUUUACCAAGAAACUAUAACAUUUCUAAGUAUGUACUUUUAGUUAUGCUCCCAAAUAUAUGAAGCAACCACUGACAAAACUGAAGGAAAAAAUAAACACUACUACAAUAAUUUAAUACUCCAAUGUCAAUAAUGGGUGAAAAGAUUAGUAAAUCUAUCAGUACUACAGACAGCUGCAUCUGACAUAGAGUAUGAUCUACUCAGUAACCAUUAAUACAUGUUUUCUCAAUUUCAAAUAUAAAAUUGUCCAAGGUAGAUGAUAUGUUAGACCACACGAUAAGUCUAAAAAUUUUAAAAGAGAUCAAAAACUAGGAAAUUCACCAAUGGGGGAAAUUAAACACUGACCAGCAAUGUAAUAAGAAAUUAGAGCUGAAAAGCUCACCAAGUAGGUUGCUUUAGCUUUUUAAACAAGCAUAAGCUGUAGGUAACAUGAAGAUAGUAACAGUGUCCUUUCUGAGAAGCAGAAAGAGAAGAGAAUUAAAAAUAUAAGCAGAGACCAAGGCCUGUGAGACUCCAGUAAGUGUAAGCACACAGAGGGGAGUCUCGGAAAGUCGGAUGAAUGAAAGGGCAGAAAUUUAUAGAAAUAAGUGUUGGAGACUGAGUCCAGCUAAUUACAAGCAGGAACAACAGAUUCACGCUGAACCCCAUUAUACUAGGAUUAUUGGUUACUAAAGAUAAGAAUUUCAUUAAGAGAAGCUGCUUACUAAUGCAAGAGGUUCUCAGUAAUUUUAAUAGGUGAUUUCUGUUCAGAAACUGGAGAGCAGGGUGACAUUGAAAGCGCCAAAAGGAGAGCGACAAGACAACGGAUUCUGUAUUAGGACACAUAACCUGUUUUUUAAAGAUAAAGGAAAAAUAAUAUUCUCAGAUAACAAACCUGUGGAGUUCACUACUAGAAGAUCUUCCCUACAAAAAAUACUGCAGCGUGCUUCAUACUCAAAUAAAUAGGCAUUAGAUUCAAAAGUCAUAUGAAGUUAGUUAAUAAACACCAAAGCCUGUAUAAUAUAUUUUGAUUAAUGACUCCCUUAAGGAAACUAAUAGAAGCUGUAUUAACGUGCACAGUAUAUAUAGUUUCUGACAAUGAAAUAGGUAGGGAACGGACUGAUGAACUUUUGUAUACUAUUAAAACUUAACCCAGGGAUUCAGCUCAGUAGAACAGCACUUGCCUGGCAAAUGUGAGGCUGUGAGUUCAUUUUUCAAUAUCAAAAUAAACAAAACUUGAUACUCCAUGGUUAGAAAUGUAAGAUUAAUCCAGGGUAACCAUGAAAGAAAAAAAAGUAGGUGUGGAAAUAGUACUUGGAAAGAAUUGUACACUAAGGAGAGAAACUUUUGAAGACAGUAAUGGAGGGGUCUGGAAAUGAAAAAAAUACAAAACGAAAAACAGCAAAAUGAUAAAAGUCACUUUUGAUAAGUAUUCUAAAUAAACAGAAACAAACUCUAGCCCUCAAUGGAAAACCCACAUCAGAUCUGACACCAAUUUUUAAAUUCAGAGUAAAGAAAAAUACUUAGUGAAAAUAAGAUGAGAUUAAUCAUCAGAAAAAAUGCAGAUUAUCAAUUAUGCACAGAAUAUUACAUAGUGCCAAAUCAAUAUUGAGAUACAAUGAUAAACAUUUGAAUAUAACAUGACUUCCAAAACGUAUGAAUGAAAAUGAUAAAAUUGAAGGGAGAAAUAGACAUUUUUCACUAGCAGAGACAUCCAUACCACACUUUCAACAACAGAAUUUUUAGUAAAUCAGAAAGGAAGUGGAAGACGUAAAUGGUGCUGUAAAGUAGGGCAUGUGUGAGAGGCCCUCUGGCAGAAGCAGGCUAUAUUUCAGGGCAGUGGCCAUAGACUGUAUUUGCCACAAACAAGACCAUACAAAUUUAAAAAUAUUGAAACCUUAAAAGUGUCUCCAGGAAGAGUAAAGCUAAAAGCCAAAAAGAUGGGCAAGUGAAAAUGUUAAAAAUGCAUAGAAAUUGAGCUGCACACUGCGCACAUGUGGACAGUGCUGGAGAGCCAAGCCUGCAGCCUGGUCAGUUCUAGGAAAGCACUUUCACUGAGCUACACCGCCAGUCCAUGUUUGUUUUGUUUCUGGAUUUGGCUGGUGUUGUGUUUCGGGAGCUUUUUGAGACGAGCUCUUGCCAUGUAGUGCAGGCUGGCCUUGAGUUCAUGGCUGUCCUCCCUCCUCCGCUGCCAGCAUGCUGCAUUUGUUUGUUUCCGGAGAGGUUGGGAUCCUCAGGCUUAAAUCCCCUGAGUACCUAGAAUUCCAGGCAUGUACCACCAUGUCUAGCCGUUACACAGCACACUCUUAAAUAGCUGCACAAAGCAAGCCAAACCAAACCAGUAGCAGAUAGAGAUAAAUGAAAUUAGGAACAGAAAAAUCAUAGAUGACCAACAAGUGAAUUUUGAAAGUUACAAACAAAAUUAAGAAAACUUUAGAUAAACCAAAAGAACAAAAAGGGAGACUACUCAAAUAACUUGUCAGAAAUUAAAGUGGUGACAUUCAAGCAGAUCUUGCCAAAGUAAGAAUUACAACAGAAAAUGAUAAAUGCUAAGGAACCAUGUGAAUGAUAAAAUGUACAAGUUCCAGGAAAUACAAAACUUGUCAAAAUGGACAAAAGAAGAUAUAGAAAAUUGAGGAGCGUAUAAAAGAAAAAAGGUUGAACCAGAAAAACUCCCAAACUUUCAGAAAGUCCAAGACGAGGGAACCUCAGUGGCUUGCUCAGUCAAACACUUAGAGUAAUCCUUUUCAAACCCCUUUGGGGAAAAAAUAGAGGAAAAAUGAUAAUCCCUAACCUUUCUGUAAGGUUUUAAAAAUCAAAGGUAAUUAACAGGAAAAGAAACUGGGUCUUUACCCUAAUGAAUGUAGAUGCAAAUGUCCUAAGCAAAACACACAGACGUGGAAUCAGUGUCAUUAGUACACAGCAGUCACUUGGGGCUUUUCUCCAGAAGUUAGGGGAAUUCAUAUGGAAUACACUGCCCUCGUGGGGUGGAGAAGAAGCAUGCCUUCAGUUGGAAGCAAAAUGGGAAAUCUUAACACCAUUCAUGAUUAAAACAAAAAGCCACCUGAAAAUACAAGGAACUGUCUCAACCCAAUAGAAGGCAUUUGUGAGAAAAACCUACGAGUAACAACACAACCAUAAAAGACCGGAAGAAGAAGUCUGUGUCCACACAUGGAAGUGUAGAAGCUGUUUUCCUGACAUUGCAUGUGGACUGUAAAUCUGCAAACCAAGAUUCAGAUAAUUUCUUAAAUCUGAAUUAACACCAUCAUAUCACUUCAUCUGCUGAGGCCAGUUAGAGACCUCGGCACAUUUAGCUUUUUAAGUUUUUCUGAUCUAUGCAAAGAAGAAAAUGAAGUUUCUUUGCCAGCUUUUCAGUCCACAAGUGGCAGUAUACUAUAGACAGGGUAUUCUUUCCAUUGUCAGCAUUGGUCGGGUGGCAUACAAUGAGGUCAGCUUGGGUUUGAAUUUGUAUCUCACUCACAUGAAAACAGCCCCAGAGUCCGUGAACACAUGACUUUAGAAGUGACUCUAAAAUUAAAACGGCCCUUCUUGGAAAACUGGAACAAAACAUCAGCCACAGCUGCAAGAAACCUUAUCAAAAACAAUGCAGCCCUUUAUGAAUGAAGUCAUAACAACAACAACAAAAAAAAGGUAGCCCACAAAUAAGAAACAGCUCUGAAAACAAAGAGAAAAGUAUAUAACUUAAAAAAUCUUGAAAAUCAAUGUGAAUAUAUAGGUUCAAAAAGUGAGAGCUACAUUUUCAGUUCCACGUGUGUGCAGUAAACUCACCCCACCCACUUCCACAUCGAGUAACCACACUUUGUGAACUGCUAUUACAGCAUUACAACCAGUUUUAUAAACUUUACAGUGUAAUACUUGUUACUUUUCUGAGGCAAACCAAAAGUAUAUUUCCUAAAGAUUUUGCUGCCUUUACCAGCAUUUGAUGGAGGAUCUUUUAUAUGUUUAUACAAGAUAAAAAGAAACCAGAUUGUAAAUCUUUUUUAAAAUCUUAAAUCUUGAAAUAGGAUAACUUAAAUUACAUUCUUUUAACCAACAUGAAUGUAUUUCUAUAAGCAUAGAUAUGUUGAGAUAAAGUAAAAAGCCAAAAAAAAAAAAAAAAAAAAAGACUGGAGAACUAAAAGUCCUAAGAUCAAGAACAAAAUAACAAAAUAGAAAUGUCCAAUUGUACUCCUUAUAUCAGAGCUGUGCUAGACCAGAUGUAGCCAGACCUAUUAGAAAACAAAAAAGUGUAUUCAAAUUGAAAAACAAAAGGCAAAAUUAUAUUGAUAUAUGAUGUGAUUGAUCAGAAAAUACAUCAAAAGUAGAAAGUUCUAAAAUUUUAACUUAAAAAUUCCUAGAGCUAAUAGGUAAAUUCACAAAAGUUCCUGGAGACUACAUCAGCAUGUAAUAGUUGUUUUUCUGCUCACUAGGAAUACUUAAUCUGAAAGAAAUUAAGCAAUUCCAUUUUUAUAUGAAGGUUAAAAUGCUUAUAAAUUGGAUUAUCAAGGAGGCACAAGACUAAAUAGUACUAAACACUGAUGAAAUAAGGUGAAGACCUACACAAGCAUGAAGAUAAUUUGCAUCCAUGGGAUGAAAGACUGUCUUCUUAGCUGUUGUAAUUGUCCAAAUUGGUCUUCUGAUUCAAUUUACUCCUUACCAAUAUCUAAAGUGGACUUUUUCUUUCAAAAAUGAAAAAUUCAGCCAUCCAGUUUAUUUGCCAUUUAAAGAAUCCCCAAGCAGAACACACACAGACAUACAUACACACACACACACACACACACACACACACACACACACACGGAAAGAAGAACAAAUUUAUGCCUCCUGGUUUCAAAAUUUCUACUAGUAAUAAAAAUAUUAUGUUAGGUCUACAGAUACACUUGUAAGUCAAUGCAAUAGAAUUGAAAAUCCACAAUGUAAAUACAUUUAUGGCUAAUUGAUUUUUUGGUAUGAAUGCCAAGGCCAUUCAACACAGAAAGGUAGUCUCUUCACAAUGGUGUUGGGAAACAAAUGGAUAUCCAUAUGCAAAACAGCAUUGUAGCAGCUACUGCACUCUUGGGAUCAGGGAAACUCAUAAUGCUGCAUUGAUUACCGUAGUACUAUGUUCAGAGAUCAUGCCAGACACAUUACCCAGGGCUUCCAGGCAAGCCUAUUACUACUGAAGCUUUUUCCCAAGCUAGACUACAAAGACUUCAGUGCACAGAUAAAAAUGCGUGAUCAGAAUGAUCAAGAACAUCUGGACAAAUGACAUGAAAAUGAACGAUUCAUCUGAAAGAACAGGAAAUGCAUGAACCACCUAACAAGGGACUCAAAGUGACUUAAAAAUUAGCCAACUCAAGAAAAUAAAAAAAUAAUGGAACUCAUAAGGGAUUAGAGUGAUAGAUUAACAAAGGAAUUGAAAUAAUAUCAAACUCUGGAGCUGCAAUGAAAAAUGCAAUGAAGAACAUUAACAGAAUUGACCAAGAGAAUUGAUCAGGCAAAGACUGUGUGAGCUUGCAGCUAAGUUAUUUAAAAAUGCACAGGUGGAGGAGAAAGGAAGACCGCGGUAUGAGAAGACCUUACAUUCAGUGAGGCUGCAGGCCAGGGGUAAAGCACGGGCUCUGCACAUCCAAAACUCUUACUUCAAUUUCUAGUGCAUGCACGAGACACACCAAAGCGAAGAAAGACAGUAGUAUCACUGGCCAGUAGUCCUAGUAAACAUAGAUGCAAAAUCCUCAGUAAGAUGCUAUUGAACAACCAAUGGCAAAUAAAUAUAUGAAAAUGACCCAUAUUCACUGUUACCGAAAGGGACACAUCUCAGGGAUUCAGACUGCUUAGCAUCUGUAAAUCCAUAAAUAAUGCAUUAACAGUAAAAACCAAAACCAUACUGAUUGUUUCUAUAUGCAUUAGAAAAUUGAAUAUUGCUUUAUGAUAAAAACAAAUUUGGUACAGAAAGAGUCUGCUUCAAUAAAAUAGAAGUUGUCACUGAUACACAGAUCUUAUACAACUGUGAAAAUCUGAAAGCUUUUUCUCUAAGAUGAAGACAAAAUAUGCCCAUUCUCACCACUUCUGUUCACUACAAGUACUAGAAGUCCCAUCCAGAGAAAUUCAGGAAAAGAAAGAUGAAGAUUGUCCCUGUUUUCAGAUAACAUGAUCUUGUACUGAAAAACCAUAAAGACAUCUUUUAAGAAGUUAGAACUCGGGACUGGGGACUUAGCUCAGCAGCAUAAGCGCCUGCCUUGCAAGUGUGGAAUCCUGAGUUCCAUCCCCGGUACCAAAAAAAAAAAAAGUUAGAACUAAUGAAUGAAUUCAGUAAGGCUUCAGGAUAGCAUAAAACAGUCAUGGUCAUGUCUAUGAACAGCAAUCUAUAUGAAACCAAGGAAACAAGUCCAUUUACAAUAGCUACAAAAACACUUCACAAUAAAAGAAGUAAGUUUCAAUAAGAACUAUACCUACAUUGGUAAUUAUGAAACAUUUGUGAAAGAAACUGCAGAGGAUAUAAAUCAAAAGGUACCCUGUGUUCAUAGAGUAGAACAAUAUUGCUGCAGUAUACUCAGAGUGGAUUAACUACUUCAGUGUGAGACCCUCAUUAUGAAUCCCCUGGAUUACCAAGGGUGAAAAUUCCAUGGCAUUGAACUGGACAGAGUUUGUGGAUAUGAUCUCAAAAAUACAAAAAACAAAAGCUAAAAAUUUGAAAUAAGAUUGCAUCAAGCUAAAAGGCUUCCAUUUACCAAAGAUACAAAAACAAAAUGGGAGAUAGUACUUGCAAACCUGAAAUCUAAUAAGGGGUUAAUGUCAAAAAUAUAUAAGGACUGCAAAAGCAAAAAAAAAAAGAAGAAAGCUAACUUUAAAAUGGGUGAAGUACUAGACUAGACUUUCUCAAAAUAAGACAUAAUAAGAAAUAUUUGAAAAACACAUUAUCACUAAUAAGUAGGGAAAAAAUUAAAACCAUACUAAGACGUUACUUCACUCCCAUCAGACUGAUUAUUUUAGGUAAGACAGUUGUUGGCAAGGACGCAGACACAACUCUGUGCACAUUUGGUGAGAAUAUGAAUGAGUGCAGCCUUAUGGAAAAUAGUGUGGAGUUUCCUCAAAAAAUGUGGAACCAGUAUUUGUCCCACCCAUUCCACAAGUCUGUAUAAUUCCAAGGAAAACGAGGUCAGCAUGUGAAAGAAAACGAACUUUUAUGUUUAAGCAGUGUUCUGCAGAGCUAAGACACAGGCAAUCGGUGUCUAUCAACAGAUGAUUUAAAAAUGUCGGUUCUGAGGAACAUCUGCGGGAGAAGAUAGUGAUGUCCGAUCAUCAUGUGUCCUCGGGCACCUGGGUGAGUAUGGUGCUUAGGGCUUGAUUUCAGCUGUGUGCUUGAGAUUAGCCCGGCUUUUGGAAAGUUAAAUUUUCAGGGCCUCGUUUUAUCCAUAAAGCCAUAGUAUUCACAACAGACUUUUAGCAAACAUUCAUUGAGCACUGUAUUUGCCUCCAAGGAGCUUACAGUCAAGGGCCAGGGCAGAUAAAUCAGUUUACCAUUACACUUGAACGUUGUAACCAGCAGGCAGGAUUCUGCCAAGCAUUGGAAAUAGAAAGAGGUGCAGAGGUGUCCCUCGGGUCCUGGACAUGCGUGUCAUACAGUAUUUGCCCUGGCUCCGAGGAGGUGGAGGAGUUAGAGGAAAGCCACAGAUGCUUACCGAAGUGACUUCCAAAGAGCAGUGAGCCAAGAGCCUGAAGAGUGUGGCGUGUGGGAAAGGCAGGCAGAGGCAGGUCCCGGAGGCCGCGCGUCUUACUCUGUAGAAGUCAGGUUUUACUUGGGAGCAGUGAAGCACUCCAGGCGGGCUUCACUGUUAAUCAUAGCCAGAAUAUACGGGAACGUGGUGGGGCUUGCUGUGAAGUCAAAUACAGAUAAUGGGGAAAACCUGGAAAUUCUAAGAAAAUCUUCCUGUGUAUAUGCACAAACACAGUUUUCUGAGUGAUUUCAGAGCCUCUGUGAGAUUUACAACAGCCUGUUCCUUAAUCCCCACAGAAGCAGCAGGAUAUACUAGCUGUGGGAAGCCACAGUGGCAGUGCUAAUGCGAUCUCUUCAGAGAGGAGACGCUGAGGGCCGGGCAGUGCGGCUGCGGUGGCAGCAGGCGGGUGCUGCCUCAGUAGUAGGUGCCGGCUGGUUGGUCUCAGUAGUUCAGACUGAGGGGUAACAGAGCUAACUAUAGUGGGAAAUGUAAAGCAGAAUCCCUGUGUUGUGUGGCCAUCCAAUAGACCACUUAGUUUUCAUAAGGAAAACUGCUCACCGACUGCCCAAGCGAGUGGGGAAGUACAAACAUUUCCCUUCUUUAGCAAGGAAGCAAGCUUCACUUAGGCUCUGAUUUUCUAAGUUUGGGAGGUGAUAGAUAUCAGGAGACUGUCCCAGGGACACAUGACAUACUCAUGCCCCUACUAUUGUAAGUUUACCCUUAACUGAAGCUGCUCCACCAGAAGUGUCUGCUAUGGUUCUUCAUAGAUGACAUAUUGAGUGUGAUCUCAAGUGCCGUCAUUGGUCCACACGGAAACAUGACAGGAGCAGCCCUUUGCACGUAAGGCACACAUAAGGGAGUUUGUAAGGACUGAGCCCACUCCAGCACACGCGGAUUCGUCCUCAUACGUGGAAAGUAGAGAUGUCUGACAGCAUGUAUUUGUGGACAGGGUGUUCGCUUCCCUGAUUUUGACUUUUAAAAAGCAACCAUUGCCUUUAUGAUUUAUAGACGAGCUUGGGCUUUUGUUUUGUUUGUACUUUUUUCUUUUGAGGGGGAUUUUUCUACAUAAGCAUUUACCUGUGAAUAAAAUUUCUUUUAUUUUUGGCUUUCCAAA